AUGAGGAAAGGAUUUGGCAAGUAUGCUAUCGCGAGGAUCGUCGGGAAUGAAAGACGCGAGAGAAGGAUCGCUUUGCUGUCUUUGAAGAGGUUCUUGGAGAGUGAGGGCGGAAGGUGGACAGAGGAGAAUGGAGUAGAGAGGGCUGUGAUCGCUAUGGGGGAUAGAAUUGCGAGGCUGCGAGACUUUCAGCAGGUAUCCCUAUGA